UGAGGCUUUUCAAAACGUCGACUGUACGUUCUCUGUUACAACAUAUAAAUUAUACCUUUGUGCAGUAUGAAAUCGUCUUGAUAAAAAUCAGUUUUUCGAUUUCAUCACUGAAUGAAUCAAAUUUUAUUAAGAAUUUUGAAAUCUCAUGUUAACAAGCAGUCUUUUUUAGAUCAGCUUAAAGCAUUCAACGAAAAGCCAAAUAUAUUAGCUGCUGUCAUCUCAUGUGUCGAUUCACGUGUUUUAACAUCAAAACUUUUAUGCUCAAAUGUUGGUGAAUUAUUUAUCGAAAGAAAUCCAGGAAAUUUCAUUUGUUGUGAACAUUCUUCACUGGAACAUUUUAAUAAAAAUUGUGUUACACCAGGAUUUUUAGAGUUGACUUUAAUACGAUGUAGAAUUAACGACAUCAUUAUUUGUGGCCAUUCAGAUUGUCGGGCUAUGAAUUUAUUAAAUAACUUAGGAAAAUGUAAAUAUGAAAGAAGUCAUCCUUAUCUUGCUCAUCAUGAGCAUCAACCUAUCGAUGUUCAAAAUGAAAAUAAUAAAAUGACAACAAGUCCUUUAGAACAGUGGAUUUGGGAAAAUGGAUGUAAAACUUUACAAAAUUUUCAUCUUAAAUCUGAUAUUCUCAGUUUUAAAUCAUCAUCAAUUCAUUCAAAAUGUCCAACACUUGAACUUGAUUUAAAUUUGGCUAAACAUUUAACAGAAGUUGAUUUACUUUCUCAAGGAGUAGGAUUUUAUAAAAUAUCAGUGGAAAAGAACGGAGUAAAUGAAAAGCAUACGUCACUCAACAACUUAAAGAACCCAAUUACUGUCUUAAGUAAAUCGUUUUAAAAAAAUACGCUGGCCAAACCACUUUACACUAACUAAUUUACAUUCUUGUCAAAGUCAAUCAAAUGACGUGAUAUUGGAUCCUAUCAGAUUUCUCGUCAAACAACAGCUCAACGAUGUUCAUUUAUUCUGACACUGAUUUCUUGAUAAGUUUGUCUAAUAAAUGUUGCCUCAUAGUCGGAAAAUUUUAUUUUAUAAACAGAAUUAGAUCAUGAAUCCUUUGGUAUUCCAUCUGUUAAAUGAAUUAGUAACUCUACAAUAAAAGCAUAAAUAUUUCUUCGUAAAUUGUUCCAAAAGUUACAACAUCUUCAGUUUUUACCCCAUUAGAACAAUAAGGAAGAUGUAAGAAUCUAGAAUUUAUUAGCGGUUGAAACACCAAUUCCAUUACAUUCAAUUACAGACCUUAUCAGGUAAGUAACAAACGUUAUUUGAUCUAGGAUUAAAGAUCAACUUAUAUAGUCUAAAUUAACUUGAUAAGCUGACAAGAAAAUAUCAGUGUAAUAGUAUUUGCACAAUGGAACGAGUGAAAAUCACUCAACAUAAAUUAGCCAUCGGUAAAUCAAAACAGUUCAAUAUAAACAUUCUCACCUAACUAAGUAUUAAGAUUUCAUGAAAUGUGAUAUGAAAGAAUCAAAAUUACACAAUUGAGCCAGAAUGAAAAUUGGUUAGUAUGAUGUCGCAAAAUAUUUUCACAAACUGUUGAUCAAUCGAUUUUAAAUAUUAUUCAGGUCAAACCAUAUCAAUCUGAAUGUUCAUCAAACUGUAAAUAGAUCGUAUAAAAUGUAAUGUAUUCAUAUAUCAGUUUGAUUUGAAUCUAGGGUCAAAUAAAUUCGUUAUC